AGCGAGUGCAGUGUGUCAGUAGCAGUAGCAGACUACCGGAUCGAGGGAAUUCGGAAAGAUAUUAAGCGUUUGAAGAAUUUAAAUACUGCAGGAAGAGGAAUCUUUUCAAGACACACAGCAAACCUACGUGUUUUUUAAGAAGAUUCUGCACCAUCACCAUUUUCAAAGGCGUACCCACAAACUGAUGGAGUAAUUAGACGUGGCCCACGUGCUCCACUGGUCCUCCACACUUCUGCUCCGUCUGCGUCAUGUCUGAGGAUUCGUUCUCCAAGCCUUACCUCUUCCCCUCCCUGGAGGCCCAGGGUGGCGGCGGCAGCUCCAUGGCCUCCUCCGAGGGCAGUGACAGCAGCAGCCAGGAUCCGCCGGCGGCCCCCCACAGCAAAAGGAAGAUGGCGCGUGCGCUGCACGAGGAGGAUGUGGAGAUGAAGAGCAGCGGCUCCAGCGGCAGCGGGUCAGAGUCGCACGGCAACGACUCCCAUGGCAACGAGUCCCAUGGCAACGAGUCCCAUGGAAACGAGUCGUCGGGCAGCUCAAACGGCCACAGCAAGGACUCUGCCAUGCAGGAGUCGUCCGGGAGCAACAAUAGCUCAAAUUCUCAUAGCUCCUCACCACCAAGCAGUUCCAAUGCCUUCAGUUUACUGAGUGCCAGCUCUGAACAGGAUAACCCCUCCACCAGUGGCUGCAGCAGCGAAGAGUCUGCCAAGGCCAAAACACGGAAGGAGCUGAUCAAGAUUCUGAAGGAUCUGAAGAGGCACUUCCCCUCGGAGAAGAGGAAAAAGUCCAACACCCUCAGCACUCUCAAAUACGCCCUCCGCUGCGUCAAACAGGUGGAAGCCAAUGAGGAGUACUACCAGCUGCUCAUGAACAACGACAGUCAGCCGUCUGGUUUGGAUGUGGCCUCGUACACCAUAGAGGAGAUCGACAGUAUUACCUCCGAGUACACACUGAAAAACACUGAUAUUUUUGCGGUGGCGGUGUCCCUCAUCACAGGAAAGAUUGUGUACAUUUCUGACCAGGCAGCUUCCAUUCUUAACUGCAAGAGGGAGGUGUUUAAGAACGCCAAGUUUGUGGAGUUUUUAACACCUCAGGAUGUCAGUGUGUUCUACAGCUUCACCACGCCUUAUCGUCUGCCCUCCUGGAGUAUGUGCACUGGAGCAGAGUCAUCCCCCUCAGACUGCAUGCAGGAAAAAUCGUUCUUCUGUCGUAUCAGUGGUGGUAAGGAGCGUGAGGGAGACCUCCAGUACUACCCCUUUCGAAUGACGCCCUACCUGAUGAAGGUGCAAGACUCGGUGCAUGCAGAGGACCCGUUCUGCUGCCUCCUGCUGGCUGAAAGGGUGCACUCCGGGUAUGAAGCUCCUAGAAUCCCAACUGACAAGCGGAUCUUUACCACAACACAUACUCCUAACUGUGUAUUCCAGGACGUGGAUGAGAGGGCUGUUCCAUUGCUGGGAUACCUACCUCAGGAUCUGAUAGGUACCCCGGUGCUCUUGCACCUGCAUCCCAGCGACCGGCAAGUCAUGCUCAGCAUCCACAGGAAGAUCCUGCAGCAGGCAGGUCAGCCCUUUGACCAGUCUAUCCGCCUCUGCACCCGCAGCGGGGAGUACGUCACCCUAGACACCAGCUGGUCCAGCUUCGUCAACCCCUGGAGCCGAAAAGUGUCCUUUGUCAUUGGCCGUCACAAAGUCCGCAUUGGCCCGGUGAAUGAGGAUGUGUUUGCCGCUCCCGCCGUGGCCGAGGGGAAGGCCAUGGACUCAGACAUCCAUGACAUCACAGAGCAGAUCCACCGCCUCCUCCUGCAGCCAGUGCACGCCAACGGCUCCAGUGGCUACGGAAGCCUCGGCGGCAGCAACGAGCACCUGAUGAGCGUGGCCUCCUCCUCCGGCGAGAGCGCGGGGAACGGCGGCCGGGCCCGAUCAGAGGAGGUGGAGGAGGAGGAGGAGGAGGAGCGUGGGAAGGCCAAGCCCGUGAGUCAGCCACGUUCGUUCCAGGAGAUCUGUAAGGGUGUGCACAUGCAGAAGAACCAAGAGCUGCAGACCAAGAGGAGCCCCAACAUAGAACCGCCCCAGAAGAGCACGCUGGGUCGGCCCAAAGACACGGCCAUUCAGGCCCUUCCGGCGUGCUGGAGGGAAAGUCCAGGGAACCCAGAGGAACGGCUGACCCUGCAGGAGGAGCUGGCCUUCAAGGACCAAACCGUCUACUCCUACCAGCAGAUCAGCUGCCUGGACAGUGUCAUCAGAUAUCUGGAGAGCUGUAACAUCCCCAUCACCGUGAAGAGGAAAUGCCAGUCCUCCUCCAACACAGCGUCCUCCAACUCAGAUGAGGACAAACAGAAAGCAGAUAGCUCCAGGCCAGCAGCUGAAGCAGAGGCUCCACUGCUGAAAGCCCAGCCCAGUCUGGCCACUCUGAGAGUGGCCAAGAAGACCCCAGCCCCUGGGGUGGUGAGCACGUCCCUGGCCCCCCUGACCCUGCCCAGUAAAGCCGAGAGCGUGGUGUCCAUCACCAGCCAGUGCAGCUACAGCAGCACCAUCGUUCAUGUUGGAGACAAGAAGCCACAGCCUGAAUCAGAGAUCAUCGAAGAUGUCUCAGGUGGUGGAGAGGCAGUGGAGUGUCAGACAUCCAUCCCCCCGAUUGCAGUUUCUCCUCCCAGCCAGGAGAGGGAGGCAUACAAGAAGCUGGGCCUGACAACGCAGUCGCUGGCAGCACACACGCAGAAGGAAGAGCAGGCGUUUCUCAGCCGCUUCAGGGAGCUGCGCGGCGUCCAUGCCUUCAAGGCGGACUGCUCUCACUACCUGGAGAGACAGAAGGGACAGAUGGCCUCUGAUGCUGUCCCAGCUCUGCGCGGGUGCAAGCAGGGCGAGCCCACCACCCGGCGCGGCGGCCGCCACAAGAAGACCAAGUCCAAGCGUGUGAAACAGAACGAGUCGUCUGACAGCACGCUGUCACACAGGGGGCAGCAGCAGCAGCAGCAGCAGCACCGGCCCCCGCUGCAGGGCCUCCAGCAGACCUCCUGGUCCCUCUCGGACACGUCCCAGUCCACGUUCCCCGUCGCCUACCCCGCCGUCAUGCCUGCCUACCCGCUCCAGAUGUACCCCGGCACCAGUGCCAUGGCUCCCCAGGUGGAUCCAUCUCUGUCCCGCUUUGGCGAGAGCCAGUGCAGCCAGGACCCUCGCUGCCCCCUCCAGCCCCCGACCUACCCCGCUCCGCUGGUGGCGCCCAUGGUGACGCCCAUGGUGGCUCUGGUGCUGCCCAACUACGUGUUCCCUCAGAUGGCCAGCGCUCCCCGCCAGCCCUUCUACCCCGAGCAGAGCCCUUUCCCCACACAGGCCGCUUUCCAGGCCCAGCCCCAGUUCCCGGUCCAGUCCACCUUUGCGGUGCAGACACAGUUCGCCACGCAGAACCCCUUCACGCCGCCGCCGCCGCCGACCUUCACGCCGCAACCCUUCUCCUUCAUGCUGCCGGCUGAGCCCCCGAAUCCCCCGGAGAUGAGGGAGGGCCAGUCGCGCUGCUCCACACCACAGUCCCUGGGAGCCCGGGACCAGGCCUCGCCUCCGCUCUUCCAGUCGCGCUGCAGCUCGCCGCUCCAGCUCAACCUGCUGCAGCUGGAGGAGAGACAGGACAGUGCAGCCCCCCCUGCUGGGGCGCAGGGGAACUGCAGUGCCAAUGUGGAAAAGGCCAACAACAGUGUGCAAACCAAACCUGACACAGAGCUGCAACAGCGAACCCUCAAACAGCCUGGUCUAGUCAGGGCCCGCCCAGCCUCCCCCCCUGGCCCCCCGGGCCCCAGCGGCCUCAGGCAGAGUGAUGGCUGUGGGUUGUCUUGGGAAAAGCUUUUCCCUAAACUCAAGUGUUACAGCAAAGAGGAGGUGGGCUCCCCAGCUGACAGUCACCAGAGUGAUGGCAACUCUUCAUCCAGUGACAUGUUGGACAUCCUGCUUCUGGACUCCCGCUCGGGCACUGGCUCUGCCACCUCGGGCUCCAUGGUUUCUGGUUCUAAUGGCUGCGGAACCUCUGCCUACGGAACCUCAACCAGUGGUGCAUCUGCCAGUGGAACAGGGAGCAGCCAUAUAAGCAACCACAGCAGCAACUACUUUGGCAGUGUGGACUCAUCUCAGAAGAGCCAUAGCCGAGCCAAGGAGCCUGAUGCAGGCAUGACGAUAGGCCUCUCUGGGGACAUGGAGGUGGAGGAGGAGCAGCAUCUCUCCAAUGACAUGCAAAAGAUUUUGAGAGACGACCGCGAGAAGCUCCGUCAGAUGCAGAAAAGCCAGCCGCGCUUCACUAAGGACCAGAAGAGGGAACUGGUGGAGGUGCAUCCCUGGAUGAGGAGAGGGGGUCUGCCCAAAACUAUUGACGUCAAGGCAUGUGUGGGCUGUGAGCAUCUCUCCGGAAGUCUCAUUGAGGAAGAGUCGCCAGACUCGGACAUGGGUGAGGCAGACACAAGGGAGGAGGCCUCUGCACACAAGACCAGUGAGCAGCAGCAGCAGCCAGACUCUGCCCUGGGUCUGACCACAGGGACGUAGGACCAACACAGACAUUAAAGGAAUGAAUUUGACUGAAUACGGAAUAACACCCACAACCAGAAUAUUCUGGCAAAAAAAUCUAAACAUUCUACUCUUGUGGGUGUUGUGACUGACAGUGUGACUGUACAUUUGUGUGUGUGUGUGUGUGUGUGUGUGUGCGCACAAUGCAUGUGCACACAGUUGUGUAAGCAGUUAUUUUGAAUGUAUGUAGAAUGUCCCCGUUUGUACUGGUUUGAGGACUGCAAACACUCAGCUGACCCAUCUUGAGCAAUCCUGCCAGGAACCAGUAGUGCAAGACGAUGAUCGUGUUCCCUUUUCUUUUCUAUGUUAGAAAUCAACUGUUUCUUCAGUUUCCUUAUUUUUCAAAUGUGUCUAAAUGUCUGUUCACAGGUUUAUCUCUCUCUCUGUUUUACUAUGUCUAGUUUUUUAAUCCUUCAGACAAAUUCCUAUGGAUUUUUUUUCUGCUUGGUCCAUGGUAUGAGCAAGUUCAAUCUUGAAAUAUGUAUUUAUUUUUAUACAGAGACAAAUGGUGACAAACAAUGACGUGCACAUUUUUUUUUUAUCUCGCAAGAGAAGAAACUGAGAAUGUGCAGUAGGUAGCAAUGUAUAAAACAGUGUGGAGCAAGGUAUUCAGGGGUUUUAACACAUUUGAAUGCGGUUUACUUGUUACCAGAAAGCUAGUUUUAUAAGGCGUCUGGUUGAUGAUUGUAGGCCCAUGAACGACAAAGGUGCACAUUUCUGUAGUCAGUUUCUUGUCUGGAGGAAUGUAUACAUGAUAGUUAAAUGAUCUUGUGAAAAAAGGCCUUAAGCUGAACCUAAAGCUAUAAUCUUUUGACCAAAAGAUUGGACCAAAUUGUGCUGUAGCAUUUGACAGUACAUGUUUUGUUUUUUUUGUGGUUAAAACUGUUGGAUUGACAAAUCCUAAACAUGACAGUCUCCUAACAAUGACUUUGAUGGAGAUAUUCAUAUCUUCAGUAUCAAUAAUCUGUGGUAGGCUCAAUUUUAGCUUGGUUACAGCAUUUUUUUUAUAUUGUUUGUGGUCACAGCAUCCUUGAAGACCAGGGCCUACUAAGACUGAUAUUGUCUCGGGUGGGGAAAUGUAAGGCGAUUUUAACUACACUGGCAUCUAGUGGAAAACCGAGACAAGAUAUUAGAUUUUUUUUUUUCCUGUACAUGUGUUAAGUUAAUAAACAUGUAUUUAUUUCAUAUAAA